GGACGGUGCAAGAAGUAAAGUAAACACAGAGCGACCCUACUCACAUUUGGAUUAAGCGAAGCCUCCCUGCCCUAUUUGAGCCACCGGAGCAGCGCUGCGCUGCAUGUGCCGGGACUAUUCUCCAAGCGAAUGAUUGAAGACUCUGGAAAAAGGGGGAAUACCAUGGCAGAACGAAGGCAGCUGUUUGCAGAAAUGCGUGCUCAAGAUUUGGAUCGAAUUCGCUUGUCUACAUACCGAACGUCCUGCAAGCUUCGGUUUGUGCAAAAAAAAGGCAACUUGCAUCUGGUAGAUGUCUGGAACAUUAUAGAAGCACUACGGGAAAAUUCACUAAACAACGUGGACCCAAACGUGGAACUGAAUGUGGCUCGAUUGGAAGCAGUGCUCUCAACGAUUUUUUACCAGCUGAAUAAGAGGAUGCCAACUACUCAUCAGAUCAAUGUAGAACAAUCAAUCAGCCUAAUGUUAAACUUCCUACUUGCUGCUUAUGAUUUGGAAGGACAUGGUAAGAUUACACUUUUCGCUGUCAAAAUGGCUCUAGCAACUUUAUGCGGAGGGAAAAUUAUGGACAAAUUAAGAUAUAUUUACUCUAUGAUAUCUGAUUCAAAUGGUGUGAUGGUAUAUGAACGCUAUGAUCAAUUUCUAAGAGAGGUGCUCAAAUUGCCCACUGCUGUUUUUGAGGGCCCUUCAUUUGGUUACACAGAACAAGCUGCCAGGUCCUGUUUUUCACAACAGAAAAAAGUUACCUUAAACUCCUUCCUGGAUACACUUAUGUCUGACCCACCACCUCAGUGUCUUGUCUGGUUACCUCUUCUGCAUCGACUGGCGAAUGUAGAAAAUGUCUUCCAUCCUGUUGAGUGUUCCUAUUGCCACAGUGAGAGCAUGAUGGGUUUUCGUUAUCGCUGCCAGCAGUGUCACAAUUACCAGCUCUGUCAGGAUUGCUUCUGGAGGGGACAUGCCAGUGGUUCCCAUAACAACCAGCACCAAAUGAAAGAGUACACAUCAUGGAAAUCACCUGCUAAGAAGUUAAGCACUGCACUUAGCAAGUCCUUAAGCUGUGCUUCCAACCGUGAGCCUCUACACCCCAUGUUUCCUGACCAGCCCGAAAAGCCUCUUAACCUGGCUCACAUUGUGCCUCCCAGACCAGUUAACAGCAUGAACGACAAUAUCUUCUCUCAAUCUGUUCCCUCCUCAGGAAGUCCUUUCACAAACAAAAUAAUGCCGGACAGCCCAAGUCGUCUGGACGAAGAACACAGACUGAUUGCCAGAUACGCAGCAAGGCUGGCAGCAGAGAACUCUUCAUCACAGGUUCAGCAGAGAGCAGGAACUGACAUCUCCUUUACUAUUGAUGCAAAUAAGCAACAGCGACAACUCAUUGCAGAGCUUGAAAACAAGAAUAGGGAAAUCUUGCAGGAAAUCCAGCGAUUGCGAAUUGAACAUGAGCAGGCAUCACAGCCCACACCGGAGAAAGCACAACAGAAUCCCACCCUCCUGGCUGAACUGCGGCUCCUCAGACAACGCAAAGAUGAGCUUGAGCAGAGGAUGUCUGCCUUGCAGGAGAGCAGGAGGGAGUUGAUGGUGCAGCUUGAAGGGCUUAUGAAACUUCUAAAGACUCAGGGGGCUGGUUCCCCUCGCUCAUCUCCUAGUCAUACCAUUAGCCGACCUAUACCUAUGCCUAUUCGCUCAGCAUCUGCCUGCUCCACCCCAACCCACACUCCUCAGGAUUCUCUGACCGGUGUUGGGGGAGAUGUACAAGAAGCUUUUGCCCAGAGCACGAGGAGAAAUUUACGGAAUGAUUUACUCGUAGCAGCUGAUUCAAUUACCAAUACUAUGUCUUCUCUGGUUAAAGAGCUGAAGUCAGAUGUUGGGAAUGAAACAGAGUGUGGUGUGGAUACAGAAUAUGGACGGGUUCAUUUUCAUGAUUUGGUUCCAUCACCAACCUCAGAGAAGGCCUUCCUUGCCCAGAUCCAUGCACGAAAACCAGGGUUUAAUCAUCAUUCUGCUGCUACUGGCAACAUUCGCACUGACAUGGGCACAGAGGACUCUUACGGUCGGCAUGAUGAUGAGACUUAUGAAAAUGACUCUGUGCGCCAAUUAGCGCAUGAGCUGAAGAUGGAAGAGUAUUUAAAGAAGAAGUUACAAGAUGAAGCUUAUCAGGUCAGUUUGCAGGGCUGAAUUCAGUAUCCUCUUACCCUUUCCUCUCAAAUAAGCUUUAGCCCAGAGAAGUAGCGGUGGGGACUGGCAACAAGCAAACGGCACAAAUCCAAACUCUCCGAGAGGAUCACGAGGGGAAAUGUCUGCUGCAUCUAGUGGCGCCAUGGAACGUAGCACAGUCCAUUUCUUCUAAACCUUGUAGUUUGUAUGUGUGUGUUUUGAAAUAACGAGAAUUUUCUUUUAAUUUACGUUUUAAGCAUAAUUUGCAUCUCCAGUAACAAACAAAAAGUAUAUGGUUUGCACUUUUUAAUUAACCUGUUGUGUUAGACUUUUGUUGGUUUCCAUGUGAAAAAAAUGUUUGUGCUGAACCCAUUUGGUAGCCAAUACUGAUCAGACAUGAGAAGGGGCUUAAAAUAUCACUGCUUUGUACUGGCCUGCAGGGAGCCAUCGGACUGCACAUGACCAUAACAGACUUCAGAUAAAGUCCUGGAUAAGAAGCUGGUGGCUUCCUGGAUUAUCCAUAAACCAGAGGUCCCCAACCUUCUUCACCCGUGAGCAACAUUCAGGCAUAUAAAAAGUUGUGGAGCAACACAAGCAAAAAAAACACCCUGGGGGUGUCAAAUAAGGGCUGUGAUUGGCUAUUUGGUAGCCCCCGUGUGGACUGCCAGCCUAUAGGAGGCUCUGUUUGGCAGUACACCUGCUUUUUAUCCAACAAAAACUUGCCUCCAAGCUGGAAUUGAAAAAUAAGCACCUGCUUUGAGGCCACUGGGAGCAACAUCCAAGGGGUUGGUGAGUGACUUGUUGCUCAUGAGCUACUGGUUGGGGAUCACUGCCUUCAGUGACUUAAUCAGCACCACGGUAUGGUGAGCACUAAAAAGCCAAUGAUCUGAAGCAGAAUCAUUUCUCUUCAGUAACUACUAGAUAUCCGAGUGCCUUAGUGCCACCCAAGUUCACUCUGCCACAUAUCUGGUAGCGGUGGCCUAGUAAAUAGUCCUGCGCCUUUCCAACACUGAGCUCUCCUGAGGGUCUACUACUGCAACUGCGCCCACCUGCUUACCCCUUGUGUGCCCGCAAAGUAACCAUUUUACGCCUUGCUUACUCGCCGGCACUCAAGGCUUUACACCUGCCAUAGGUAAUAUAACACUACAACCUGCAUUGAACAUAAUUUAACCCUGGUUACCACCCGUCAAAGGACCUACAAAUAACACUGAAAAGAUCCAGAUUCACUCAUAACAGAAUUAUUUUUUUCCCCAUUCAAUUAUUCUUUGCAGGUUUUUGCACUUGAAUUAGAUUUGUGAUCAUAGCUGAAAUGAAACUCUCAUAGUAAAGCCAUGCAGCGUUGUAUGGCUUUUUUUUAAAUCACUGGAUAAUGAGAUAUAUUUCUUUAUAUAUUAUUUUUUUUUAUUUUAUUUUUAGUUCUUUGAAAGUUCUAGAAAUGUAUUUGUGCCGAGCGCACGGAAGAGAAGUUUUCAUUUAGGGCUAAUGUAAAAUUUAGAGUUUAUUUCUCUCAAGAUGAUGUCAUAAAUCAGCCAUAGAAGUUCUUAAUGUAAAUAGAUAUAUCUAUUUUUCAUUUUCAAUAGAGACGCUCCUAUACAGAGAUAAAGUAUACAUUGUUCUUAUUAUGUCGAAUCUAAUUUUGAAAUCCACGCAGAUGUUAUAAAGAUUACUGUGAAUAAAGUUUUGAACUAC